AUGUUUUUUUUUUUUUUUUUUUUUUUUAACUNAUCAAUUGGAUUAACAUGCACUCUUGUUCCUAUUCUUAUCAACCAAUAUUUUAAUCGUCAACGAGCCACAGCAUGUGGAAUAUGCUAUAGCGGGUCUACAGUUGGAGCUUUUCUCUUCCCCAUUAUAGUGAAUGUAAUAUUAGAAGAAUAUGCUCUUAGAGGAACAUUUUUACUUCUUGGGGGCUUAGUAUUACAUGGACUUUGGGGUUCUAUGCUACUCCAUCCUAUAGAAAUGCAUAAAAAAUCAAGAGGUGUGGAGUUAGAAAUGGAUUGUAAAAACAUAGAGGUAGAAAAAUAUACCAAUAUAGGAUCGAUUCGUAGAAGGGAUUUAAUAGAUCAGGAAAACGCCGAUAAUGAUGAAAACACUGUAAGAAGAAACAGUAUAGCACUUAGUGAACAUAUCGUACCGAUAAAUGAAGAUAUCAGACAUUCAGAGUCUGAAGAGAGUAUAAAAUCGAAUUCCUUCAAUGGUUAUGAAGGCUUUAUCGCUCUCACAUUGGCAUUUGGUUUUACUGGUGGAAACUUAAUGGUUUUAUCUCCUGUAUUAGUUACGGAAUAUACUGGUAUAGAAAGAGCAGCUAUUGCUUUUGGAUUUUCAAAUUUUUUCAAUGGAAUGUUUUCAUUAAUAAGACCAAAUAUGAUUGGUUAUAUUAAAGAUACGACGGGUACUUACGAUUUAGUCUUCAUUGCAAUAGGAAUUUUAAACUUGAUUGCUGCAUCUUUAUGGACGAUACUUUUAAUAGUCAGACAGUUAUCUGGUUAUAAAUGUUGUGGAACUAAAGAUAGAUAUUACACAAUAAAAACAUGACGCAUUAUUCGUACUUAAAAUAUUUUCUUAAAACCUGUUUUAUAUAAAGAAUUACGAAUGCAUCCUAAUCUAAUAUUUAUAGACGACCUUGAUUGGUAUGCAAAACUUAUUACUAAAAAUGGAUGAAACUACUUUAAGAAUUUUCAUAAUUGAUUUUUUAACUUAUUUUUAUGUAUU